AUGGCGGGCAAGGGAGGGAAGGGUCUGCUGGCCGCCAAGACGACGGCGGCCAAGAGCACCGACAAGGACAAGGACAAGAAGAAGGCCCCCGUGUCCCGUUCCUCCCGCGCCGGCCUCCAGUUCCCGGUGGGCCGCAUCCACCGCCAGCUCAAGUCGCGUGCCUCCGCGCACGGCCGCGUCGGCGCCACUGCCGCCGUCUACUCCGCCGCCAUCCUCGAGUACCUCACCGCCGAGGUCCUUGAGCUGGCCGGCAACGCCAGCAAGGACCUCAAGGUGAAGCGUAUCACCCCACGCCACCUGCAGCUCGCCAUCCGCGGGGACGAGGAGCUCGACACCCUCAUCAAGGGCACCAUCGCCGGCGGCGGUGUCAUCCCGCACAUCCACAAGUCGCUCAUCAACAAGACCGCCAAGGAGUGA